AUGUCUAUCCUUCCUGGCCUCGCGGCCCCGACAGCUCCUACUGAGCAGAUGCGCGAACUGGGCGUCGAUGAGGACGAAAUCCGCAAGAUGUCCAUCGCUGGCGUUCACCCCGGUGUUCGUCAGCGUCAGUGGGGCUUGCAGGCUCGUCUCGAUCCCACUGUGACCUUUGAGGAGUUCACUUACUGGGCUAAGGUCGAGCGCGAAAUGGAGAAAGAAGAGUCCGACCGCUACAAGCUUUCCACGAGCGGCCAAGGCUUCAUGGGAACCAUCAAGAACUAUUUCACAAGUAAUGCCUAUGAGGACGCCAAGGUUCGUGAUGCCCAGGUUUUGGAAAACCAAAACCAGGACCAGGGCAACACUUGGUCAGAGAAGAAGGCUCCCGAUACAGAAGAGGGUGCUCUUAGCCCUAUUGCUCCCGCUGGCACCCACGACUUCGACGCCGAACCCCCCUAUGUCUUCUCGAACGACGGUUAUGGUCUUGGUGCUGGUAUCUUCCUCCUGAUGGGUCUCGCCGCCGGUCUCUCUGGAUGGAUGAUCUGGCACGUCUUCUUGGGUCUUGAUUCUUCCCGCUUCCCAGUUCUGAGCUUUGGUGACCCCUUCUUCCGUCUUUACGGUACUACUUGUCGCCAUGUCAUCAACUUCACCCAAGCCCUUCAGAUGUUCUUGACUGUGGCUGUUGUCCUUCUCGGCCAGACCGGUAUCAUUGCCCAGCUCGCUGGAAGCGUUAACCUCUGUUUUAUUGUUUGCGCUAUCAUUUCGCUCGUCGUCAGUAUUGCUAGCGGCUACAUGCGUUCCCUGAAGCAUCUCGGCUGGUUCUGCAACUCCGCCGUGUGGAUCAAUGUUGUUUCUUUCAUCAUUGUCUGCGCUGCCGCGGCCAAGUAUGGUCCUGACCCUACCGCCGCUGUCCAAAACGGUAUUCUCAACAAGGACUGGGCGACCAACCCCGCGCCCGUGAAGACGUUCGCAGGCGCUCCUCCUGCCGAGUACCAGCCUACCGAUGCGAACCCUUUCGCCGCCAAGUUCAACGGAAUCAACAGCAUGGUUUAUGCCUACUCCGGAGCUAUCAUGUUCAUCGCUUUCUUGUCUGAAAUGCGUCAUCCUAUGGAUUUCUGGAAGGCCAUGCUACUCGCUCAGAGUUUCAUUACCGGCGUGUACAUCUUCUUCGGUGCUUUCGUCUAUUCCUUUUACGGACAGUACGCCUAUGUCUCCAUCACUCAAUCCGUCAAGCCACUCAACCUCCAGGUUGUCGGUAAUGUGCUCUCCCUGAUCACCGGUUGGCUCGCUGUCUUCCUUUACUUCAACGUCGGAAUGAAGACAGUAUACCUUGAGGUCGGCCAGGAAAUCUUCAACCUGCCCCCGAUUACAACCAGGAAGGGCAAGUGGCUCUGGUGGACUCUUGGACCCGUCUAUUGGAUUAUUGCUUUUGUCAUCUCCAUGUCCGUUCCCCAGUUCGGCGCUUUCACCAAUUUUGUUGGUGGCCUUUUCAGUCUGAACUUCACCUACUCCCUCUCUGGAGUUAUGUGCCUGGGCUACAAGAUUCAACAAGCUGCCCGGCUGCCCGGCGAAGGCUUUGACCCCGUGACUGGUGAGACCACCCGCCUCGACAAUGGAUGGAAGCGCUGGGCGCGUGGCUUCCGCAAGAGCUGGAAGAUUAGUAUCCCUAUCCUGAUCUUCACUGGCUGCGGUUUCGCUGCGUCUGGCAUGGGUACCUGGGCUGCUAUUCUUGCCCUGGAGUCGGCUUUCGGGUCUGGUGGCUCCGUCUUGACUUCUUGGACCUGCCUCAACCCUUACUAUACUGGUUAG